AUGUCCGGCAAACUAAAGACCGCCCUAACAACAACUCUCACACUCGUGGAGCAGUUUCAGCCUACCCUUUCCUCUCGAACAAAUGCCGGGCAACCUACCCCCACCAUUACGGAUGAACAAACCAAAGACUCGGACCCUCUCGCCCUCCUUUCAGCUUCCGCCACGGCGCUGAAAUCUCAUGUCACGAAACUCUCACUGCUUACACUUACGUCGCCCUUUACUGCAUCCGCAGUCGCGACCACACUCUCAACACUGAAUGAAUCUGUGCUCCCAUCGCUAGUUACCGCCGCGCUCCUUGUAACACCCGAAUCUCAUACGGCAGCGUUCCAGAGCGAGAUUCGCAUCCUCACCGGUACGGCCCUGAAGGAUUUCUUCUUGCUGGUGAAGGAGGUGCAGGUUGUUGCUGAGGACAAGGCUAGCAAGAAGGGUCUAGACCAGUUGGAGAAGGAUACAGUCACGCUUGCGGCAGGGCGGGUUUGGGAUGCGUGUGAUACGCUGAUUGAUGUCGCGACGAAGGGUGUUGUGGGGUUUGUGGUUCAGCGCGCCGAAGAGUAUCGGGCUCUGGUCCGAGACGCAGUGGAGGAGAUUGAGGCGUGGGAUCCGGAUGAGGAGGGCGAUGAGUUUUUCGAUGAGCUUUUGGAUGCUGGGGCGGACAUGGCUGGUGAUGAUUCCAAGGACGACGAAAGUGACGAGGAAGGCAGCGCCGCGCUGCAUAAGCGGAAGAAAGAUGCUCUGCGAAUGUUGAAGCCGAUUGCGCAAAUAUAUCCUGCUAUUAUCACGAAUCGACUGAAGAAAGCACCCGUUCCGCUUACGCCAUCUACUACCAAGGUCAUAGAAACCUUGAUGAAGAACUUGCAGCAGAUUCCGGAACACAUCGACGAGGUAGCCGGCGCGCUCUAUGAAGAUGACCUGGACAAAUACACGCGUCAAGUGGGAAAGACGAAAGACUGUUCGUCCAAAGCAAUCAACUUGGUUGCGCUACCCUGGGCUGCCAAACGAAGCUCCGUAGAUGAAGAAACCGAGGGAGAUAAGUUUACAACCUGGUCAAAAACAUGGCUCAAGGUUGUGGGAGAAGUUAGCAAGUCGAUCGAUGAGUCUUCAAAAUCGCGAAUAAACUAG